GAAGACACCUGCGUGGAGAUGUUUGGCAGGUGCAUGCCCUGUCCAUACAAAGCUAUGGGACCCUUUCACAUCCCACAUAGAGGUAUCCUUUCCCUAUCUAUAUGCCGCAAUGGGUUAAACCCUUGUGCCGUCAAGACUGCUGAUCAAAAGGUCGGCGAUUCCAAUCCGGGGAGCGGGAUGAGCUCCCGCCUGUCAGCUCUAGCUCCCCAUGCAGAGACAUGAAAGAAGCCUCCCACAAGAUGGUAAAACAUCCUUAAAGCCAACCUUAGAAUCAUAGAAUCCUAGAGUUGGAAGAGACCUCAUGGGCCAUUCAGUCCAACCCUCUGCCAACAGAAGGAAAAUCGCAUUCAAAGCACCCCCAACAGAUGGCCAUCCAGACUCUGCUUAAAAGCCUCCAAGGAAGGACCCUCCACCACAGAGUGUCUUCAUGCUAAUCUAGAGUGCCUUGAAGUCAUUUCCAGCUGGCGCAAUGGGUUAAAUCCUUGUGCCAGCAGGACUGCUGACAAAAGGUCAGUAGUUUGAAUUUGUGGAGUGGGGUGAGCUGCCAUCUGUCAGCUCCAGCUUCCCAUGCGGGGACAUGAGAGAAGCCUCUCACAGGAUGGUAAAAAACAUCAAACAUCCGGGCAUCCCCUGGGCAACGUCCUUGCAGAUGGUCAAUUAUCUCACACCAGAAGUGACUUGCAGUUUCUCAAGUCGCUCCUGACAUGAAAAAAAAUUCCGGCUUAUGGCAACCCUACGGUGGUCCUAACAUGGGAUUUUCUUGUCAAGAUUUGUUGAAAGACUGUCUUUGCUUUCUUCUGAGGCUGAGAGGGUGUGGCUUGCCCAAGGUCAUCCAAUGGGUUUCCAUGGUUAAGCUAGGAUCAGGAGUUGUAGCCCAACACUGAAGUCUUUCCUGAAGUCUGAAGCCAUUGUUUUGCCUCCUAGUCUCCAGGGCAGCAGAAAAUGAGCUUGCUCCCUCCUCCCUAUGACUUCCCCUCACAUAUUUAUACAUGGCCCUCAUCUAUCUCCUCUCAGCCUUCUCUUCUGCAGGCUAAACAUGCCCAGUUCUUUAAGUCACUCCUCAUGGGGCUUGUUCUCCAGACCCUUGACCUUAAAAACUGUGACAUAGACACUGAGAACGGGAAAGUCCUGGUCCUUGAGCGCUCUAACUGGAGGUCAGCUGUGACUAGCAGUGCAGUGGAAUUUGAAGAAACACGAAUGGAGGGUGAAAGGGACUAACGUGUCAAGAGGAAGGUGCAAACCUGACUGGGUCCACUUCUGUCUGAAAACUGAUGUCCUCACUGUGGAAGAACAUGUGAGUCAAGAAUAAGUCUCCACAGCCAUCUACGCAUCCACUACCAAGACACUACACUUGGAGGACCAUCAUCCUUGGGCUACAAGGGAUCGACUAAUAAUCACAACAUGGAGGACGACUUCAGCUGCCAGGUCAAGAAGAUGGCCUUGGCCAUGGGAACAUCCCUGUCAGACAAGGAUAUUGAUUUGCUUCCUUCAGAGAUGAGACAUCAUGGUUCCUUCAACUAUGCAAAGUUCUUUGAGUAUAUGCAAAAGUUUAUGGCAUCAAGUGAACGGGAGACGCACUUGAGAAAGGCCUUCCAGAUGCUCGACAAGGAUGGCAGUGGCUUCAUUGAGUGGAAUGAAAUCAAAUACAUAUUAUCCACAGUCCCCAGCAACAUGCCAGUGAGGCCCCUAUCAGAUGAAGAGGCUGAAGCCGUGAUCCAAGCAGCUGACACAGAUGGCGAUGGGCGGAUUGAUUUUCAAGAGUUUUCCGAUAUGAUCACAAAAGAGAAGAUGCCUAAGAAAAAAUAGAAGCAAGGACAACGUGCUCUUUCCAGCUUCCAUAUUCAAGGAUGUUCUGCCGGGGUAGGGUGGGAAUUUACGCUUGUCUAUCUCUGCCUCUAAUCUUUUUUGAAAGCCCCUCUCAAUUUUGUUUGGUUUUUGGAAGGGGAGAGUGGGAAUCACAGCUUCCUGCUGAGGCUUGCUCAAGAGAUCUCUGUAGUGUACAGUGCUAGGGGCUAUGUCAAGGAUGGAUAAGUUUGGUUUGGUCUUCAUAAGAAUUUUCCAAAAUUCUCAGAUUAUCUAUAAAGAUUAAGUGGAAGAACUUGUAAUUAAAAUAACUAAAAUAUUGAGGGGGGGGGGGGAAGCAAAACGGCCAAGAUUUGAUUAUCCAGGCAGGUCCCUUAGUAAGUCUUGGAUUUACUCCUGGUGUGUUCAGCCACAUUUUAGCAUUGAAUUAGGGCUGAUACGUCUUCUAGGUGCCUCAUCUUUAAUAGCUACAUUGCAGGUAGAUGCAACUUAUUGAUGAUAGCUGCAUCUAUUGAAUUUGGCCCAGGGUGCAUGGACACAAAUACUGUUUUGAAUUUGAACUUACCAGUAUGCAUGUGUAUCUUGGUAAAUUAAACAGUAGGAAUUUGAGAGUUUAAAAACAGAUGUGGAAGAAAGCAACAUUGACAGAUGCAGCCAUCCAAAUGUCUUGAGACAGAGGGAAUCCAAAUGCAUUAAUAGUAUUUUCUCUUUGACUCUCUCUUUGCUCACUGGGGAGCCCACCAUUAAAUGCCCAGCCCUUCCUCUUGAAUAUGAUUUCCUCCUCCAAUCCAUUCCCUGAACUAAGAUUUAAUCUGGCCCACAAAAUACUACUACACUGGAGGACUCCCAUUAUAACAGAAUGAGAACACAUUUCCAUAGUCUUGGGAUUGUUAUUGUCUGAGUCCUUGUUGAAAAGUAAACCUCUGCCCUUUUUACAAUUUAGUGGCAGCCUAGCCUUUCCUUAUAUCUUGCACAAAAAUUCUGUCUGUUAGCAAGAAGGGAGAUUUAUUUGGCUGCGCCACAUUCAAGAGACAGAGCUUCUGCUAUGGAGAACAUGGAAGGAAGCAAAACGUGUGUACCAGAACUUACCCCUGAUCCACUUCAUCACCAAUACCACAUUAGCUUUCCAUCUCUUUCCUAACCCAUUUCCCAUCAGUAGGGGAAUAGGCUUUAUACUACCAAAAUAAAAUGCUACUCUGGUCAUGUCCUGUUCUUAGGAAAAUAAAGCUCUUCUGUUGUCA